CUGCGUGGAGCGUCAAGCGGUUCAAAGAGGAAGGAAGAUGGCGGAAAACAAAGGCGGAGGGGACGGCGAGAGCCCCGAAAAUAACACCCCAGCUCUGACUGAAGAGGACCCCCCUGCCCCGGCCGGGAAAGAAGACGAGAGCCCGGUGACCAGCGAGCCCGCGGCGAGCGGAGCGGAGGCCCGGAGCCCCGAGGAGAGCGAGCAGGCUCCGAGCGGAGGAGUGGAGAGCGCCGCCAGCGGGAACGGCAGCCCCGGGGCCGCGGCACCCCCGGGCUCCGGCGAGGCUGAGGACGUGCCUGCCCGGGAGGCCGAGGAGGGCUCUGCCCGGGAGAUUGAGGUGCUGUCUGUCCGGGAGGCUGACGUGCUGUCUGCCCAGGACACCGACGUGGUGUGCGUGGAGGUGGUGCCAGCCCCAGCUCCUCCGGCGACUGCAGUGGAGUCUCCCUCUCCCAUCCUCACCGCGCCGGCGGCUCCCCCGGCCCCGGCUCUCCCGAUCAACCUGCUGGAUACGUGCACGGUGUGCAAGCAGAGCCUGCAGAACCGGGACUGCGAGCCCAAGCUCCUGCCGUGUCUGCAUUCCUUCUGUCUGCGCUGCAUCCCUCAACCGGAGCGCCAGCUCAGCUUGCAGCUACCGGGCCCGCACGGGCAGGAGAUUCAGCUCGUGAACGUGAUGCGGUGCCCAGUGUGCCGGCAGGAGUUCAAGCAGACCGACCUGGUAGAUAAUUACUUUGUGAAAGAUACCUCGGAGGUCUCCAGCGGCUCGGAUGAGAAUUCAGCGCAGGUGUGUACGAGCUGUGACGACAAUGCUGGCGCCGUGGGCUUCUGUGUGGAGUGCGGGGAGUGGCUCUGCAAAACCUGCAUAGAGGCCCAUCAGAGAGUCAAGUUCACCAAGGACCACGUGAUCAGGAGGAAAGAUGACGUCUCUGCUGAACCAGUGGGAACCUCAGGGCAGCGGGCUGUGUUCUGCCCGAUCCACAAGCAGGAAGCUCUAAAGCUGUUCUGCGAGACUUGUGACCGGCUGACUUGCAGAGACUGUCAGCUGCAGGAGCACAAGGAGCACAGAUACCAGUUUUUGGAGGAAGCUUUUCAGAACCAGAAAGGGAUAAUCGAGACCUUCAUGGCUAAGCUUCAGGAGAAGAAGAAUUACGUCCACUUUGCUUCCUCUCAGGUGCAGAGCAGGAUAAAGGAAGUUAACGAAACUCAUAAGAAAGUGGAACAUGAAAUCAAAGUGGCUGUUUUCACCCUCAUCAAUGAAAUCAACAAAAAGGGAAAAUCACUAUUGCAGCAGUUGGAGAGUGUGACAAAGGAGCGCAAUGUCAAGCUGAUGCACCAGCAGCGUGACAUCACCAGCCUGUCCCAGCAGAUCAUGCACGUGCUCAGCUUCGCCAACUGGGCCAUCUGCAGCGGGAGCAGCACUGCGCUUCUCUACAGCAAGAGACUGAUAACGUUCCAGCUGCGGCACAUUCUGAAGGCUCGAUGUGACCCCGUCCCUUCGGCGAAUGGAGCUGUGCGCUUCUUCUGUGACCCCACCUUCUGGGCAAAGAACGUCGUCAAUCUGGGUAACCUGGUGAUCGAGACCAAGCCAAUUCCUGUCCACGCCCCGAACAUGGUAGUGGGUCAGGUUCCUAAUGCGCAGAACCACGCAGGGAAGCACCUGGGGCAGAUCAACCUGGCUCAGCUGCGGCUGCAGCACAUGCAGCAGCAGCAGCAGCAGGCUGCCUAUGCGCAGAAGCAGCAGCAACAGCAGUUACAGCUCCAGCAGCAACAGAUGCAGCAGCAACAAAUGCAACAGCAGCAGCAGCAGCAGCAGCAGCAGCAGCUGCGCAUGGUGCAGCACUUGCCUCCGCACCCACGGCAGGGGGGGCCGCAGAUGGUCCAGCAGCAGCAGCCUCCCCGGCUUAUCAGCAUGCAAGCCAUGCAGAGAGCCGGUAUGAAUGGAGCCGCCUACCAGGCACACCAGAUGCGACUGGCCCAGAGCCAGAACCAGAACCGCAUGCCAGGCGUCCCGCGGCACAACGGCCAGCAGUAUCCCAUGAUGCAGCCGCAGCUCCAGAGACAGGUGACGUCUGACCCCGAUGGGCUUGGGGGCUCUUUAGGAAGGCAUUCCAACCCAGGCCACGCCGGCCCGUUCCCUGUCGCUUCACUCCACAACAGCGCUGCCAACCCAACCAGCCCCACCACCGCCAGCAUGGCCCACGCCCACCGCGGACCAACCAGCCCCUGCGUCUCCACCAUCGAGCUCAUCCCCUCUGUGACCAACCCUGAGAACCUGCCCUGCUUGCCGGACAUCCCGCCCAUACAGCUGGAAGAUGCUGGCUCGAGUAGUCUAGACAAUCUCCUGAGCAGAUACAUCUUCGCCAGCCAACUUCCUCAAGCUCCCCUGACCAAUAUGAUCCCAUCUCCCGGACCCUCCGCUCUGUCUCCAGGGUCUGCAGGCAUUUCUAAUUCACACACACCAGUGAGGCCCUCCAGUACCUCCAGCACAGGGAGCAGAGGCAGUCGCCCUCAAUCCCUUUGCAGCUGUUCGUCGGGGCGGACCAUGCCAGUGGCGGACGCGGUGAAGGUCAAGCAGGAGCCGGGGACGGAGGAGGAGUGUGGCUUUUCGGGGGCGGUGGUCAAGCAGGAGCGGGUUGAAGACGGCCGCAGGAGCGCCUGCAUGAUGAGCAGCCCGGAGAGCAGCCGGACUCCCCCGCUGGCUGCCCCGUCCUCGACCCCCCAGGAACCGGCCCCGCUGCGGACCCUGGAGGAGCACGUCAAGGAGGAGCCCAAGGAGGCGGCGGGGAGCUGCCGGCAGCAGGUGGAGACGACCGUGACAAACGGCAAGGGCUCCGUGCGCAGCUUCCUGCACCGCCCUCCCCGAGCCGCCACCGCCACCGCACACAGCAGCGAGCACAAGGACGACGACCCCAACGAGGACUGGUGCGCCGUCUGUCAGAACGGGGGCGACCUGCUCUGCUGCGACAAGUGCCCCAAAGUCUUUCACCUCACCUGCCACGUUCCUACCCUGCUCAGCUUCCCCAGCGGAGAGUGGAUCUGUACCUUCUGCAGAAACCUGGCCAAACCUGAGGUUGAGUACAACUGUGACAAUCUGCAGCACAAAAAGAAGGGGAAAACCGUGCAUGGGCUCAGCCCUACGGACCAGAGGAAGUGCGAGCGUCUCCUCCUCUACAUCUUCUGUCACGAGUUGAGCAUCGAGUUCCACGAGCCAGUCUCGGCUUCUAUACCCAAUUACUACAAGAUCAUUAAGAAGCCUAUGGAACUGGCCACGGUGAAGAAGAAACUCCAGAUGAAGCACUCUCAGCACUACCAGACCCCCCAGGACUUCGUGGCCGACGUGCGCUUGAUCUUCAAGAACUGUGCAAAAUACAAUGAAAUGUCUCGAAUUAUCCAAGUUUAUGAUGAGAAAACCCAGAUUAAUUUGCAGGCUGAAUCUGAGGUGGCUCAGGCUGGCAAAGCGGUGGCAUUGUACUUCGAGGAGAAACUCAAGGAGAUUUACGGGGAUCAGAACUUCCCUCCUCACCCAGAGGAGGAGCCGGAGGAGGACGAGGAAGUCACAGAAGAUUCCGACGACGAUUUUGUCCAGCCGCGGCGCAAGCGAUUAAAAUCGGAAGAGAAGCCGCUACACAUCAAAUGAGACUUCAGACACUUUCCAAGGACCCAAAUAAGAUCCACCGUGAAGUGCGGACCUUCUUAAAAGAGGAAAAUCCGUAGAUGUGUACAUGCAUAUCUGUCCUGAUGGAGAAUAUGAAUUUACUGAAGGACAGCAAAGACAGUGUUAGUAGAAUUUUUAAAAGUUGUACAGAUGAGGGGGAGAGAGAGAGAGAGAGAGAGA